AUGAGCGAGGGUGAAACAUCGGGAAGAGGAUCGAGUUCUUCAUCAUUAAGGCCUAAUUCUUCACGUAGCGGUGGCCGCGGUCGUGGUCGUGGCAGAGGCGCCAAAGGCAGAGGUCGUGGUAGAGGCAGAGGUGGAAGAGGCAGAGGAGGCAGAGGUCGCUCUUCCAAUAACGGUACUGCUGCUUCCGAUUCCACAGAGACAACACCAAACGGAGAAGGACCAGUAGUGACUGUCAAGAAUGAGAAUAGAAAGGAGCCGAAUAAGAACAAGAAUGAUCAUGGAGAAGUGUCUGCUUCCUCCGAAACUCACACAGACAAACGAGACAAUAAUAAUAAUAACAACGACCAAGAUGGCCGAGGAAGUAGAGGAGGACGAGGUGGACGUUCCUCAGGCCGGGGUAAAUCACGUGGAGGCGGAAGGGGUGGCCGUGGGCGUGGUCGUGGACGACACAACAAUGACAGCAGGAAGAAUAAAAAACAUAAGAACAAUGGGUCCGAUGACGAUAACAACCACAACAAGGAGGUCUCACAAGACAAUGAGGCGCCCAUGGACUUUGACAAUACGGCAGUCUUGGAAACUGGAUUUCCCGAAGCUGCUGGUGCAUCAGCCUUUGAUAGUAUGCCGUCGGUGCAGAGCAAUGGUGGAUUGGAUCCAGUGAACAACAACAACAAUUUGAACCACGAUUCCAUUACCAAAUCAUUGCUCACGGCCCCACUAGAUCUACCCACACCACCAUCAUCAUCUAACAACAACUUUUCGGGACGUGAUGGCGUCCCAAUCAUUCUUUCCCGCAACAGUCAUCCUCCCAUGCAAUCAUCUGCAGUAGACUACGACUCGGAAGCUCAAAAGCUAUCCGAACGGCUUGCUACUGCCGCUUUGGAGGACUUUGAUAUUGCGGAAGAGAAGAAGGAGGUCACGCAGACGGAAGAAGCAGCUGCAAGAAAUGGAGAAGAUGCUACUACCAAUGGAAACUCCAAUCCAACUGGGAAAGCAAACAAGAAGCCCAAAAAGAAGAAAAACAAGAAGGACAAGGCUCCACCACCACCUCCUGUGGAGGAGGAACCGAUUGAUGUCAGCGCAACAGAUGCAAUCAAGGCUAUUCCAGCGCAAGAAGUCAGUAUUACAGAGAAUACCACUGUUCAGAUCCGUCGUGACGAUUCUCCAACAAUGGAAGACAAUAUCGAGGAGGGGCCGGCCAAGAUUACGGGUGGUGGCAUCAUUGCAAACACGAAGGGCAAAUCCAAAAAGAAGAAGGGAUUGUCCAAGGAUCAUGCGGCAAAUCAAAAGGCAGCAAAGAUAUUUAACCGAGCUGUGAGACAGUGUGUGGAGCGCAGUGACCCAGAUGGUAUGCGUGAGAUUUUGCAGGAUAAGAAGAACCACAACUUUGCUCUUGACGCUAAUGUCUUGGAGACGGUAAUGAAGGCUUACGUCAUGGCAGCCAUGUUCGAGGAUGCCCUGUAUUGUUUGCGCAACUGCACCUUACCAGGAACACUGUCAACAGGGCAAAUUGAACGAAUUUUGACCUGCCUGCCUCAGAAUCUCCGAAAUAGUAGUGCUUACUCGGCUGCUGACAUGAUCAAUGCGCUUUGCAUUGCUACGGAAUUCGACAAUCCUACAAGUCGAACAUAUUUCCUUCGUAUUGUGCGAGGUAUCGCACUCGAGUUUUUGGAAGAAGUCAUGUCUGCUCGAGAUCGAAUCUGCUCAGCACCCUGUGAGCGAUUGGUUCGCUCGGCCGUUUGUGUUGUGGAUGCUCGGCUGAAGCGAGGAAAGAAACCAGCUGACCUUUUCGUUGUUCCAGGGGAUCAAUUGGGUGUCUUUGUUCCGGAUUCCAUGGAAAACAGAGGAAUCCAAGCUGGAGAUGCGGUAUCCCUCUUGCCAUAUGCAGGUCCUUAUCCAAUGUCUGCUGAGAGUCUUGAUCGCAACAUGAUUGAAGCUACAGUCACAAACACCAAUCCCAUGGUUCUCCGAUUGCAAGACAAAACCAAUACUAGUCUGUAUUCCUUGCUGACCGAAAACAUUGAUGGAAAUGUCUAUCGUAUUGACAAGCUUGCAAAUCGUAUGGGUUUUAACCGUCAACUUUCAGCCGCAGUAGCAAUCGCUAGUCCACUCGGUGAAAGUGGUACGCGUGACACAAGGAGACCUUGUCCUCAAUUGAUGAAAGCAAUCACAGCUAUGGACGAAAAUAUCAACCUUGUGAUGAGCAAGUCGGGAGGCAUGUUCAAUGGAGAACUUACAUCCACUGCAGCGUUGUGUGCACAAGCUGUUCCGUGGAGCUAUGAAGACGAGAAACAAGAGGAAGACGGCAACGACGAAGAUGCAUGCAGAAUGGCAUCUAGAUUGGCACUGGACAAAUUCUCGGCUCUUGAAGGGUUGAAUGCAUCUCAGUCACUUGCUGUCGAAGGUGCUGUGUCAAAUCGUUUGACAUUAGUGCAAGGGCCGCCGGGUACUGGAAAAACUGCUGUUGCAAUUCGCAUUUUGCAACACUGGGCCCGAUUGGCUGAUUCGAACUCUGAAGGAGGCGAAAACCCCUCUCCCAUCUUGGCAACUUCUGAUUCAAACAUUGCAGUGGAUAACCUUGUCGAGGGAUGUGCAGCUGUAGGACUCCGAGUUGUGAGAUUGGGGAGACCAGAAGCAAUUAGACCAGAACUUUUGCGGUUCUGUGUUGAUCGCCCACCUUCUUCUUACAGCAAUGGAGGAAAGCAACAGUCGGGUGGCAAUUCGGCACAGGCCUUCAAAGAUAGAAUGAAGACUCUGAAGAAAGCUCAAAUCAUUUGUUGCACCUGUAUUGGAUCAGGUGGUGAUAUACUUGAUGCGAUGACUUUUGAUCGAGUCCUUGUUGAUGAAGCUACUCAGGCAACUGAACCAGCAGUGCUGGUUCCGUUGAUGAGAGGAUGUCGACAGCUUGUGCUAGUUGGUGACCAUUGUCAGUUGCCUCCAACAGUGUUGAGCACAAGAGCAGAGGAAGAAGGCCACGGUGUUCCAUUGUUUUCCAGAAUGGUUGCAUGUGGCGUACCUCCAUUUAUGCUCGACACUCAGUACCGUAUGCACCCGUGCAUUGCAAUGUUUCCAUCUGAUUUGUUUUAUGGUGGAAAGCUGUUGAAUGGAGUUACCGCACCGGAAAGACGUCCACUUGCUGGAUUCCCAUGGCCGCGCGAAGAGUUCCCUGUUGCCUAUCUUCCAGUAAAGGGUACUGAAAUGGACGACGGCGUUAGUAAGCUGAACGAAGCUGAAGCAGCCGCCGCCUGUGAUGCUGUUGCGGCACUUCUGGCUGGUGGCCAAUGCAGAGUAUCUGACAUUGCAGUUGUCACUCCUUAUGCCGCUCAAGCUCGGCUAAUUCGACGCAUGACACGUCGCCUGACGCAAAAUACGGGACCUCCGUACAUUGAAGUAUCUUCCGUGGAUGGUUUCCAAGGAAGAGAAAAGGAAGCUGUAGUUUUUUCUGCUGUGAGAAGCAAUGACUACGGAGCCAUUGGUUUCACAUCCGAUUGGAGACGUGUUAACGUGUCCUUUACUCGUGCUCGAAGAGCUUUGAUUGUCAUUGGUAACGACCAAACAUUGCGCCGUGGUGAUCCAGACACUUGGAUGCCAUGGCUAGCUUGGGCAGAUGCACAUGGAUUAAACAUGGACAAGCCUGGUGUUCCUCGAGGUCGAUACGAUCCAGAGCAGCUUCGACGUGUCCGCGGUGGAACAACAGCAGCUGAAAUGUUGAAGGAUGUUUUGGCAAGACAGCAGGCGCAACUUAAGUCAGCUGAGAAACAACUUGAAAAGGCAGAGAGGAAUGCCAAAGGGCACAUCAUUGGCAAGGACGACGACGAUGAUGACGAUGGAAAGAGUGGUAGCGAGAAGGGGCUCUCCCUUGAAGAAGAUCUCGCCAUGAUCACAAACACGGAUGGGAAUUGGGAUGAUUCUGAUGAAGAGGUUGACAUGCACCGCAGUAUGUCUCAGCCAACAUUGACUAGUAUGUCUUCGAAUGGAAAUGUUGACGGUAGUGACAAAGGUGGCGCCGUCGACGUCUGGGAUUUGUAA